GCUCAGUUGCCGUAGAAGAGGCAUGCGCAUGCGCCCUUUAGCUUCUUCCAAAUAGCAAUGGCGUCCUCCUUUGUGGUGUGCAGGUUACGUAUGUGGGGACGGGGGAGCCUGGUGAGGUGCCUACAGAAGGUCGAUACAUUUCCGCGCAGAAGUAUUGGAACAAACGUUGUUGCCGCGCAAGCCGAGGCAACUCGAAAAGACGAAAGUGAUGAAAAGGAAAAGGACGGACAAAAGUCAUUGUAUGCUGUCCAGACGGAGAGACAAGAACAAGCAGAGAGAUCUGUUCUCAUCAGCUGCCACUCCAGAACCAAUGAGAAUAAGUUCCUCAAGUAUUUAUCAAGACAUGGAGAUAUCAAGACACACUUCUUUUAUGAAAGCUAUGGCAUGUAUGCUGUAGUGGAGUUUGCUAACCGGGAAAGCGUCGCCUCUUUACUCGAAGAGGCUGCCAUCCCCAGCGUCAGCCAUGAAUCCAUGGUGCCUUUUAAAUCGAGACUGCUGUCAGUGAGUGACCUCAGCUCAGUUGACUCAGCAAACCAGAAGUCAGGCCAAAAGUGUCGACCACAAACCAGCACUCCCAUCAAUGAGCUCAUACAGAGACUGUCCAGAGAGGAGAGUAUAGACCGACAGAUAACCUCCCUGACAGAAGCCUAUCAGCUAACAGAGGAGAACAGCAGGCUGCGUUUUCUUGUCUGCUCUCUGCUCAAAGACAUUGCUGCUGCUUAUUUCCCAGAAUGCACCAUCAAGCCAUUUGGCUCGUCAGUGAACGGCUUUGGGAAGCUGGGGUGUGACCUAGACAUGUUUCUGGACCUGGAUGGCAUCACUGGAAGGAAUGUAAAGAUGCCAAAAUCAGGUCUUUUCCUAGAGUACCAGAUGAAGAGGGCCAACUCGGAGCGUGCUGUCACCCAGAGCAUCCUGUCCGUCAUUGGGGAGUGUGUAGACCAGUUUGGGCCGGGGUGCGUGGGUGUGCAGAAGAUUCUCAAUGCCCGAUGCCCCCUGGUCCGUUUCGCUCACCAGCCAUCUGGCUUUCAGUGUGACCUCACAGCCAACAACAGGGUGGCGAUGAAGAGCACAGAGCUGCUCUACCUGUACGGAGAGGUGGACCCGCGGGUGCGUUGCCUCGUGUUCACUGUGCGCUGCUGGGCCCGAGCUCACGGUAUCACCAGCAGCAUCCCCGGGGCCUGGAUCACCAACUUCUCCCUCACCGUCAUGGUGCUGUUCUUCCUGCAGAGGAGGAGCCCUCCCAUAAUCCCCACGCUGGACCACCUCAGAGACCUCGCAGGUCCUGCGGACAAGAGCGUGAUUGAGGGGAACGACUGCACGUUUGUCAGCGACUUCAGCAAGAUCCAGCUCCACAGCAACACUGAAACACUAGAGCAACUGUUGUGCGAAUUCUUUGAGUUCUACGCCACUUUUGCAUUCAGCAGGAUGUCCGUAAAUAUCAGAAAGGGCAAAGAGCAGAACAAGCCGGAGGUGGCCCCGCUGCACAUCCAGAACCCAUUCGAAACCUCUCUGAAUGUCAGCAAGAACGUCAACGCCACACAACUAGACCGUUUUGUGGCUUUGUGUCAGGAGAGUGCCUGGAUACUCCAGCAGAGUGGAACCAACAUGCCCAGAGAUCACAGGGGGGGCGACACUCCCGCACCUUGGGGACUUGCUACCAUCCUCCUGCCCUUACAGGUUGCAGGGGUCAAAAGUCGCAAGAAAAAGAGACGGGAACCAGCCAGUGAGAGGAUUAAGAGCUUGUUAGAAUCCUUGAAGAAUAAAAAUCAGCAAAAGAUGAACUAAGACUCAUUGAGAAUCUCAGAAACAAGCUCCAACAUCUAUUGCACUGGUGUUCCUGUUUGAUGUCUCACAUAGGAGGUGAGGAAAGAGCAGGAGCAUCUUCUGCAGUGAUUACAUCUGCAGGGCUGUAGUUCCCAACAUGAACACUGGAGGGUGUUACUGAGGCUGGUAUGUGCAUAUGUUCGGGACCUGAAAUAAAGGAGUGGUUACUGUAUA